UUUGUAAAUAAACAGACAUGAGACAUGCCUAAUUUUAAUCAUGAAAAUUAACUGUAGCAGGAAAAAACAUGGUGAAAUUACGAGAUGCAGCCCAGGCUUACAAAGCGUUAAACGGGAUAAUUUGUGUUUACAAGCCGCCAUGUGUCCCUUUACGCCGUGUGCAACAUACGAUCAUAACAAACCUUUGUAGAGACCUGAACGCCCUCCCGGACCGGCCGCUAGAGUCCCGGGUGGAGAUAGUGGGCGCGACCAACGAGCCCAUGUCAGUGAGGCUGGUACAGAACUACGCGGACCACCGGCUGGCGAGCGGCCCCCGGUACCUGCACGAGGACUUCCGCUGCAGCUGGGCCGCGCACCUCGGCCUGUUCACCAGCGGGGUGCUCUUACUGGGCAUAAAUGAUGGGACAAGAUUAACUUACAAAAUCAAUACAUCACGGUUAAUACGAGCUUACAAGAUACACGGCCAGCUUGGUAAGGCUACAGACACAUACUUCUGGAAUGGGAAGACCAUAGAGAGAGCCACAUACAAUCACGUAACUCGGGAGAAAAUAGACAGUGUUGUAGCACACAUGCAGGCCGCUCAUCAGAAGACUAUGUAUGAACUAUCAGGCGUACACAUGGAGUCUGAGACGGCAUACGAGCUGGCGUCACGGGGAGUUAUCCGGCCAAGUAACGGCAAACUGCCCGUGCUGUAUGGGAUCAAGUGUGUGCACUUCCAGCCACCCAACUUUACCCUUGAGGUGCAAGCCAUCAACGAGUACGACCGCUACCUGUGGACGCUCGUGCACGACCUCGGGGUCCAGCUGAAGACCGCGGCACACUGCGCCGGCGUGCAGUGCGUGCGCCACGGCAAGUUCCACACGGACCUGGCGCUGCUGAGGAAGCACUGGACCCUCGACCACCUUCUUGACAAUAUGAGCCAGUGCCAGAACCUGCUGGAGGAAAAUCAGAGGCUGCUGCGGCCGGAGACUGCUAUGUUGACUGCGUAGUGUAAUAUGUGCUGUGAUGGAUUUUGGUUAAAUGUAUUAUAUGUAGAUUUAAAUUUGAAA